AUGGAGCGUCGCUGCGAAAAGGACGCUCGAUUCAGCGGCCUCUACCACGACUUCAUGCAGGAAUACGACGACCUGCAACAUAUGGAGACGGUAAACCCCUCAUCCGAGGAAACGGACACGGCCAAAUGCUACUUACCGCAUCACGGAGUGUUGCGUGAAACGAGCACCACCACCAAACUCAGGGUCGUAUUCAACGGCUCCCAGCUCACAAUCACCGGCACGUCGCUUAACGCCAAUCUACUGACUGGAGCCAACCUUCUGCCAGCUCUUGCUGACGUGCUCCUCCGCUGGCGCUGGCACCGCUACGUGUUCGUGGCGGACAUUGAAAAAAUGUACCGCCAAAUCCUCAUCCAUCCGGACGACCGCGAGCACCAGCGUAUACUUUGGCGGCACCGUGCCGCCGACGACAUCCGCGAGUACCGCCUACGAACGGUCACGUAUGGCUUGGCGUGCGCACCAUUCCUCGCCAUACGGACCUUGCACCAGCUCGCCGACGACGAAGGCCAUCGAUUUCCGCAAGGAGCUGUCGCGCUGCGCCGCGAUACUUACGUGGACGACGUCGUGACCGGCGCGAGCACCCUCUCGGAGGCCACCGUGGUCCAACGGGAGCUCCGCAGCCUCUGCAUGGCGGGCGGGUUCCCGCUUCGAAAAUGGGCCGCCAACAGCCUCAGCGUCCUGGACGGAGUUCCACUCGAGCACCAACGGUGUAAAGGAAUCUAA